AUGCUUCCAAGCCCGAGGGCAAAGUCGCGCGACGGGCUGCCUCAGCAGGCGGAGCUGCUCCAGCAGGACACGGACCGCGACCAUGAGAAGGCCUCCCUUGCCAGGAAGAACAGGGACAAGAUUCGAUGCCUCGACGGGCUUCGCGGCAUCGCUUGUCUCAUCGUCUUCAACUACCACUUCUUCUGGCCCUGGACUCCCGCUGUGAUGCUGGGCUAUGGCGCCCUGGCCCCUCGUUCUCCCGAGCCUUACUGGAACUGGCCCUCGCUGCCGAUUGUCUGCCUCUUGCAUCGUGGACGUCCAAUGGUGGCCAUCUUCUUUGCAAUCUCGGGUUAUGUCAUCUGCCGUCACAUUCUGAGGUCAAUCCACGAGCGUCGUCUCGAAGACACGUAUCAGAAGCUUGCAUCGGCCGUUUUCAGACGCGUCUUUCGCCUCUACAUCCCUCCCACCAUCAGCAUGUUCAUAGUGGCUAUGCUUGCCCAGAUCGGAGCCUUCAAGUCUGAAUUCAACAUCUACAAGGGUCCUGACUCGGUCUACAUCAACGCCACUAUUACCACAGCCCAGAUCCAACUGGAUACGUCAUGCGUCAACGGGACUUCUAUUAUGGGUGCUGCAGGCGUCGCAAACUAUCUGGGCUUGCAGGGCCCACUGUACCUGGGCAACACAACCGCCAACCUGACUGAUUUGCUCUGCGUCAACUCCACCUCGCGACUCUACGGGCCUGAUAAGUUCUACAAGCUAGAGGGCGAAGUCGAGGCCGAGCUUGCAAAGAACACGACGGACAACGCGACCACCACUGCUCUGGCAACCCUGGAGACUCUCUCACCGCGUUCGUAUCUCAAGAUUGAAAAUGAUAAGCGCAAGACGCCAUCUUACGUUUCUGACCUCACUGAAAAGACUGAGUCUCUGAAUGACACAAACCCCGUCAACCUGACCUGGGUCCAGUUUGGUGGCUCUUGGGAGGAACACCCCUUCAUUCACGACAACAUGACGUACGCCCUCAAGAACUUUACGAGGGCCUACGCAGAGUGGGCAAACCCCUUCAACUUUGGCCACUACCAUCCUCGCUAUGAUCCUCACACCUUUACCAUCCCCAUGGAGCUUCGUGGCUCAAUGGUUCUGUACAUCUUCCUGCUGGGUACGGCAGCUCUCAAGGCAAGAUGGCGGCUUCGUUUUGCAGGUUUCCUCUCCGCCUACAGUCUCUUUAUCGGACGAUGGGAUAUGGCCACAUUCUUGGGAGGCGCCCUCCUCUCGGAGCUGGAUAUUCGACGAUCUGACCCCAACGACCGGACAAUAGCACCUCCUUCCGUGGGCGUCGGCAAAUCUCGCCAGUCAGGCCUGCAAUCAACUCCCCUCCGCGUCCUCGUCAUCUUUGUGGCCCUCUACUUCCUCUCUUACCCGGAUGUAGGUGCGGAGUACACUCCCGGCUUCGUCUUCCUAUCCUACUUUGUCCCCAAGUACUACAUUCCCAUGUCAGGCUGGAUGUUCUACCAAUCUAUGGGUGCACUUCUUCUCGUUCCCUGCAUCCUCCGCAGUCCACUCCUCUGCCGCCUCCUCGAAGGCCGCGUAGCGCAGUACCUCGGAAAAAUCAGCUUCUCGCUCUACCUCGUCCACGGUCCUGUCCUACACUGCAUCGGCUUCUGGAUCAUGCCCCGACUAUUCGACAACUUUGGCCGCCUCACAGGUUACGCCAUCGGCUACGUGACACUCGUCAGCAUCACCUUUUACCUGACAAACCUGUGGCACAGAAAGGUGGACGUCUGGAGCAUGACUGUUGGAAGGAGAGUUGAGAAGAUGCUGUCUGAAUGA